UGAAACUCAACUCUCUGGUUGAAUUAUCCCAGAAGCCACCCGCUUGCCUGUUGAAAAUAGGUUACCGGUUUUACCUUGCUAGUCUUACGCGCUAUCACGCCUGAGGGCUCCCGUCUCGCCCAGUGCGCACACUAAAGCGGCUGAACACGGGUAUCUGACAGUCAGUGUCGGGUGGGGCAGUGUACAUUCAGCACGGAUCUGUGGACGAGCAUUUGGUCAACACCUGUGGGCAGGGCACAACGCUGACUUACUGUCGCUUUUCGGGAAUCUUUCAGCGUUGGCAGUUUUCGAUUGUGAUAAUAGUUGGAUUUAAGUGUCAAUGAUUGUGUGAAACAAGACAAGGACCAUCAACAGCCAUGCCAGGCGUGUCUCUGUGGGUCUCGGCCCUUGUGGUGUUAAUAGCAGUGAAGACAUCAGUUCAGGAUGAUGUGCCACUUGGCUGCCAAUCAGGUUGGACGCUGGUCGGAGUUCAGUGUUUCAAGUUAUACAAAGGAAUCGUACCAUGGGAAAGUGCUGCCAGUGUUUGUAAAAGCUACGGAGCAGAAAUGGCCAAAGUCACAGAUUAUUAUGAAAACGAAGAUGUUGGCAAGUUCGCAAGCAGUCAAAGUACAGACAAGUUUUGGAUUGGUUUCACUCGGGCGAACGCCGCCGCUGGCAAUCAGCGGAUAGGAUAUUGGAGCGACGGCCAGGAAACAUCAAUUGCAGCAGGUUUCUGGAAGAACGAUCAACCAAACUCUCAGGAUGGAAAUUGUGCCUACGUGGAGAAAAUGGACAGAUACUAUUGGUCAUUUGGUCCUUGUGAAAUGAAGUUGUCGUAUGUUUGUCAGAGACCAGCUUGUCCAACUGGGAGCUACCAUUGUACCAGUGGCCGAUGUUUAAACCAGAACCUAGUCUGUGACGGUGAAGAUGACUGUGGGGAUGGCUCCGAUGAAAGGAACUGUGCUCAACGAUGCAAGUACUACUACAUGCAAGCCGCAGGCUCAAUCACCUCCAUGAACUACCCUAGCAACUAUAUUAAUGCCUUGAACUGUCUGUGGGUGAUCGAGGUCCCACUUGGACAAAAUGUUUACCUCAAAUUCACCAAUUUCUCCACGGAAAUGGGUGCUGACAUAGUGCAGGUGUUGGUUGGGGGACCAACUGAGUCCCAGGGGCAGCUUGUGGCUACCCUGUCUGGAGAUAGGCGUGCAAGCCUUCCUGAGUACAUCAGCACCAACAACUUCAUGAUCGUCAAAUUCACCAGCGACAGCCGCAGCAAUGCACUUGGGUUCAGAGCUGAAUUCAGCGGAAGGAGUGCCAAUCUUCAGCCAUACCAGAGUCUCCAAGCAACAGACACUCCCAAGACCCUCAUUGCCCCAAAUUAUCCCUCCAUGUAUCUGGCGAGUCAGGAUUAUACCUGGAUCAUCAACACUGUGAUGCAGACUCAGAUCAUCACUCUAAAUAUUGUGGAAGUGGACUUGAAGGGCAUGGACAAAAUCAUCAUACGAAAUGGGGACUCUGUGAAGGCUAACUUACUGUACACAUUCACAGCUGACACAGAAGUUGAUAAUAUCCCCUUCAUCUUCUCCACUGGCAACAGCAUGUACAUCAGCAUGCAGACCCGAGGCUACCAAGUCGGGAAAGGGUUCAGAUUUAUAUACAAACAAGGAUGUGACAUGAUGCUGACUUCCAUGAAAGGUAGACUCUUCUCACCUGGAUAUGGCCUUGACGGCAUCACCGGCAUGGACUACCCCAAUGACAUCACAUGUAACUUCAGAGUGAAUGUGCCUGGCAAACCGAAAAUCACACUCAUCAGCCAAGGAUUCAAGACUCAGGCUGGUGCAGAUGUGGUGACUGUCCAUUAUGGAGGUGCCAUGCCUGAUACUCUCUCUGGAGAUUCUCCCGUACCAAGCAGAUCAAACAAUGGAGAAUUCAAUGUCACUUUCGAAACCAAUGCCAUUAUAAGAGAGAAGGGAUUUCUUUUUGAAUAUUCAAUUGACUGUCCCAACCCUAACUUCAAUGAUAAAACAGUUCUGACACCAUCCAAUGCUAACUGGCAAUUUAUGUCCGAGUUUACGGUGACAUGCAAAGAUGGAUACAGGUUUGCCACUCAAGAAUAUCAGGACACAACCAAGUCGCCUGGUUUUGAAAGUUUCCCUUCAACAAGGAUGAUAUGCACGUAUGGAGGAAAGUGGGACCGCGAAACCACUCCAAACUGUCAGCCCAAGUACUGUGGACCAGCACCCCUCGUGAGCAGCGCCUUUGUCAACUCGUCAAUGGGCCAGAGCAGCAGUGUUGGUGGAAGUGUCACCUACUCGUGCUACCCAGGGUUCACUCUCACAAACUCUGCUACCAUCAGGUGUCGCAAUGAUGGCACAUGGGAGCCCACUCCUACCUGCACAAUUGCCUCAUGCAGUGCUUUACCUACAACCUUGAACUUUGGAAGCGUUACAAGGGUUCAAGGGGAUGGCACUGGGUUUGGAUCCAUCAUGAAGUUCACUUGCAAUGCCGGCUACCAGAUAUCAGGAGACGCCAUCCUGUUCUGUACCUCAGGAAGUACUUGGACUGCUCCUGUCCCUUCCUGUAUUCCACUGAGUUGUCCAAUCCCCCGUAUUCCUCAUGGAAGAAUGACCAACACGCAGGCGGCCGUAUUUAGAGAUGUCCGCUCAGUUGUCUGUGACAGCGGCUAUAGGCUGAAUUCUACCAGCGACCAGGUCACAUGUGGUGCUAACCAAAUGUUCACAAACCUGGAUUCCAUGGCCUGUGAAGAUAUCGAUGAAUGUCCUUCACCCUGUACUCAUAACUGCAUGAAUACAGAUGGUUCUUUCACGUGCUCAUGUCGCCCAGGCUACACUCUCCAUGCUAAUGAACGAACAUGUGAUGAUGUUAAUGAAUGUGAUGCUGGCAAUGGUGGAUGUAACCAAGUGUGUGUAAAUGAACCGGGCAGCUACAAAUGUCAGUGUAACCAAGGCUAUCAGCUCUUCACCACAAACGGACAACUUAACUACACCCUCCCCAACAACGAGGAUGGCACCAUGGCAGGCGACAUUUACAGAUACAACCAUACAUGUGUUCGAAUGAUGAUUACUUGCUUGACAACGGUACAAGAAUCUGUAUCGAAAUGUCACACUCACGAAUCCAGUGCAUGGACCCCCCCACCAGUAGCUAAUGGCUACAUCCUGAACAACCGCCAGUACCACCGAUAUCAAGAUACCAUCAUCGUGUCUUGUAACAUUGGGUUCAACUUGAUUGGUCAGUCCCUUCGCAUUUGCCAAGACAAUGGACAAUGGAAUGGGACAGCACCCACCUGUAGUGCUGCUACAUGUCCCGCUGUGACCAUCCCUGGUGGCCUGAAGACCACACCCAGUGUAGCGCCAUCUGGUAGUGUAAACUACCUUGGUGUCGUCAACAUUUCCUGUAAUGUGCCUGGCCGAGCUCCAUUCCUAAAAACACGCCAGUGUCUGUUAGACCCCAGCUCUAAACAGUACAAACUGUUUGGUGCACAGUUAGAGUGUGGACUAAUUGACUGUGGCACACCAACUGGUGUCCCAGGGGCUGUCAUUCCUGCAGGCAUUGGAACAACGUAUGGCAGUCAGUUUGAGUUUGUCUGUAGGAACCAGUACACAAAGGAGGGAGCAUCCAGUCUGAGUAAUAACACAGUUCAGUGCAAGAGCAAUGGUUACUGGGGAUGGGGCACUCUUAGGUGUCUUGGUAACACUUGCAGUGAUCCUGGUAGACCUAAGGAUGGCACACAACAUGCAACUUCCUAUGAGGAGAAUGCACAGGUCAACUAUACAUGUAACCGCCCAGGCUACACACUAGUAGGUGCCACACCUCUCACCUGUAUACUCAACAAUGGUGUUUUGCAGUGGGACCGAAAUGUCCCCACAUGCCUUGACACCCAGAAACCAACAUUCAGCAACUGUGUGGCCGAAAAGACUGUCAGAAAAUACACAACAGGGUUAAACGCUGUCACCCCUCCCACGCCGUCAGACAACACCGCCAUCAAGUCAAUGAACGUGACACCUACAUGGCCUUCAGAUAAGCUGCUCAUUGCCAAUGAGGAAGACUUCGUAUUCACAGCUGAAGACUUCAAUGGAAACAGGGAAAUUUGCACAACCAAAGUCAAAGUAUUAGAUGAAGUACCACCAACAAUUAAGUGUCCAGAUCCCAUAGUAGAGGAAUUCAAGGAGGAAAAUGAGUACAAACUUCUUCAGUUUAUGCCAUCUUUAUUAUCUGAGUACAGUGACGACAGUGGUAUAACACCCUCCGUGCUGUUCAACCCUCCGCAACUAAACAUUUCUGCAGCCUUCAUCAACCAAGCCAACUAUGUUCAAUGGAUCAUAGCCACUGCCAGAGAUGCCGCAGGAAACUUGAAUUCAUGCAGAUUCCAGGUCAUGGCAAAAGCUGCCAUUUGUUCACCAAUGAACAUCCCAAGGCCUGUGAAUGGUCAGAAGUCCUGCAGAGCACUCAGCAAUAGUGCAGGCUACACAUGUAAUCUGACUUGUGAUGCUAACUACGCCUUUUAUGACCAUCCAAACCCAACAUCUGUGACUACUUCCUGUCUCACUGGAAAUCCAUUCCCCCUUGCUCCGACUCCUGCUUGUUCUUUCACACGAUCGGAAACUGCCAAGUUCACACAGGUCAUCAGAUUUACCUAUAACGCUAGUACAGCCAGCCCUCUGGCUGAUACCUGUAAGCAGCAAUAUGCUACAAUGAUGACACCUGUACUUAAUGGACAGCGAACAAGGCUCAACAGUUUGUGUUCGACCUUAGGACAAGUGCCUGAUCUUACUUUCCUUAUUGCCAACCCACAGAAUGAUAUAAACAUCAACACUGCUAUAAACCAGGUUGAGAUCGACUACACCCUGAUAUAUGAGGGAUCAAACACAGGUUUGCUGUCAUCAUGUGCGACACUAGUGGACACAAUACUGAAGGAUUUCAACUUUAAUCAGACCAAAAUAAUUGCUGGAAUCUCCAGUCAGCUGAUUCCAGUCUCUUGUCCCUCUAUCAGUUCCUCUACUCCAGGAAAAGAAACCUUCCGGGAUUUCAGUUGUGCUUCAAACAGAAAGAAACUUUCUCUUGGGAACCAAGUGUUUGCUUGCUUGAGGUGUCCUGUGGGUACUUACAACUCCGGAGGAAACACAUGUACUCCUUGUCCUGUUGGACAGUACAGUGACAUAGAGGGAGCCACCUCGUGCAAGGACUGUUCAACGGCCCAAUGGACAUCCAGAGUUGGGGCUAGCUCUAACCUAAUGUGUAGACCCCAGUGUAUUUCUGGCAGUUUCUCUGCCACAAGACUGCCACCAUGCCAAGUGUGUCCCUUAAAUACCAUUUGGGUUAACAGUACCUACUGUCGACCAUGUGGUACCAACGAGAUUACGCGUGUCUAUGGAGCUACUGUAUCUACUCAGUGCAAGGCCCGAUGUCAAGCUGGAACAUACAAUGCUAUUGAUGGUUAUGCUGAAUGCACAACGUGUCCUAAAAACUUUUAUCAAGACCAAGCUGGACAAAAGACCUGCAAGGCAUGUUCAACCAAUGAAGUGACGGCGGGACCAGGGUCAACAUCACAGUCCAACUGCACUAGUGGAGCCUCGUCCGCAGAGUGCAACAGCUACUGUCAGAACGGAGGAACAUGUAAUUUUAUCCGACACAGUCCUUCAUGCACUUGUCCAAAAGGGUAUUCAGGAGGGCGAUGUGAGAACGGAGACAACCCAUGUGCCUCUAGCCCUUGUUACAAUGGAGGCACAUGCAACGUACUAAAUGUGACGACAUACUCAUGCAACUGCCCACCAGGCACCAGUGGAGCAAGAUGUGAGACUGAUCUGAAUGACUGCACUUCAGGCACAUUGUGUCAGAAUGGAGGCAUGUGUCAAGACCAGAUCAACAGCUUUAAAUGUCUCUGCAAAGAUGGCUUCACAGGAACCUUAUGCACCAGCCCUCAGCCUAUAUGUAAUUCCCAGCCUUGUACUAAUGGUGUGUGUAAUCCCAUCGGCUCAUUCCGUAGAGAGUGCUCAUGUCUAGAUGGCUAUACCGGGAAAAACUGCGAAACUAUCAUUGAUAACUGUGCAGACAACCCCUGUUUAUAUGGCGGAACGUGCACCAAUGGUGUUAAUUCAUAUACAUGUCAGUGUCCUCUUGGGUUUACUGGUUCCCGGUGUGAAACACGAUUAAACAAAUGUGCUGGCGUGACAUGCGGCAACCGUGGCCAAUGUAUAGAGGACCAUGUGGAGAACACGUAUCGAUGCGUCUGUAGUCCAGAAGCUUCUUAUGGAGAAUACUGCGAGUACAGUCUAUCAUUAAACCAAAAGUUGGAGACACCAACAUCCUCCAGUAAUGACGUAGGGAAGACACUGAUGGACUGUAGGGACACGUGCAACAGCCAAGGAGCUACCUGUCGAGCAUUCUCAUACUUCAAAACUGAGCAGAGGUGUAUGCUACACUCCACACGAGCAGGCAACAAUCUUCCUCUUGUUAAUGAACAAGGGGCGUCCUACUAUGUCAAGAAAUGCAGCUAUAUCAAAGAUAAUUUCUACACAGAAUGGUACAAUACCCCAGACAACCGUACAACAGGGAACUAUGUCCUGCUCAAUGACAUGAGAAACACUCUCCAGCUGGACAUCUGUGGAGGCAGCUUCCCUGUAGCUAUAGAAUGUCGAGAUGCCACCACCAAGAAGAUCUCAACCAAUAGUGGAGCUCGGUGUAUACUUAACCAAGGGUUCCUCUGUAGCAACAGUCAGCAACCACCUGGAAACACCUGUAACAGACAUGAAAUUCGUUUCAAAUGUGGAGUAAGUCGAGUAUUCAAGGAGAAGACAUGCACCAUUCCACCAUACUGUACCAGUUCCCCCUGCAUGCAUGGUGCCAGUUGUCGAGCAGUUGGUCUGACCUUUGUGUGUGACUGUGUGCCGGGAUAUGGAGGUUCCCUCUGCCAGAACAACCUGGACGACUGUGCCAGCACCCCCUGCUUGAAUGGUGGUACCUGCACAGAUGAUGUGAACACCUUCAGCUGCAAGUGUGCCACUGGCUAUGAAGGGCCUACCUGUGCUGGAACUGUCAACUUCUGUAGCCCCAAUCUCUGUAACGGCACCGGGAGUUCCCAGUGCACCAGCCUCACCACCGGACCACAGUGUCACUGCAAGCCAGGAUAUGACAAUCCAGUCUGCAGUAACAACAUUGACGAGUGUGCAAGCAGCCCAUGUCUCCACAAUGGUGUAUGCACUGACGGCAUCAAUGACUUCACUUGUGGAUGUAAGACUGGGUGGACUGGCAAACGCUGUGAGGUUCUCAUUACCCCCUGCAGUGCCAAUCCUUGUAUCAACAGCGCAACCUGCUUCGACCUCUUCUCCAACUAUUACUGCAGUUGCAAGGCCAACACCUAUGGUCAGAACUGCCAGUACGCUCCUAGUGUAUGCAGUAAUGCCAACCCAUGUGUCACUGGAAUGUGUUCAGAAACAGCUGGGGUCACUAAAUGUGCCUGUGGACAGAACUACACCGGCAGCGGCUGUGAUGUGCAGGUUCAGCACUGUAAGGCUGGUACAUGCAAGAACAAGGCUGGAUGUAGUGUUCCUGCACUCGACGACUACAAGUGCUCUUGCCCCAAGGGUUUCACUGGGACAAACUGUGACGUCAACAUCAACAACUGUUUGGGUGUGACAUGCCAAGGAACAGCCACAUGUAUUGAUGGAGUGGACGAAUAUUUCUGUCGCUGUCCCAUUGGCAAAAGUGGAACAGGCUGUACCCAAGAUCUGGACCGCAACUAUGACAUGCUGUUUAAUCUGCCUCAGAAGACUGGCUAUGCUUCCCUUCCCUACCCAAUCCGACUCACCGCUAACAAGUUCAGUGUUAGUCUGUGGGUCAGAUUCUUGGAGCCAAGUGGAACUGGAACAUUCUUCACUAUGUAUUCAGUCGAUGGUCCAAACAGCUUGGCUGGCAAGAAGGAACUGAUACGCAUCGACCAUUCCGGACUGACCAUUUCUGUGAAUGGUACCAGUACCAAUGUAAGGUUGCAAUACUUCAAUUUUAACAAUGGUAAAUGGAACCAGAUUACAGUUACAUGGAAUGGUGUGACUGGACUCCUCAACUUUGUCGUCAACACUAUUGCCCAGGAUGUUCAAGAUUAUGCAAAGGGCAUGACGAUUGAUAAAUAUAUCUGGAUGGUUCUUGGGAGCAAGUACAACCCGGUGACGGAGAUGCCUGUACCGAACGAAGGUUUCAAUGGCUGGUUGAGUCAGGUGUCACUCUACAACAGAGAUCUCACCUUUACACAUGAAAUACCUCUGAAACUUGAGAACCCACGCCAGUUCUUUGCUGAUGAGAUCUUUGCAUGGAAUGAGUUCCGCAGAACCCAGGGUGUGUCUCUUGUCAUUCCAUCAACUGCUUCGUCCACAUCGUGCCCCAGGGGUACUUCGGAGGGAACUGUGAAUGCUUUAUACAGAGUGUUCUGUCUUUUUCUGUACUAUGCUGGAAAGCUCCUUGUGUCUCCCACUAAGUGUCCAAGUGACAUCGUCAAACUGGGAACAUCUCGUAUUACUGAAGUCACCUGGCUGGACCCUGAAUUUGCGGGCAAAGAUUCCACCAUCAUUUCCACUCACAAGUCAGGUGAUGUGUUUUUAUGGGGCCGCUAUCAGGUUGUCUAUCUUGCCAGCAACUCAGCAGGUAACAAGGGACUCUGCACCUUCAAGAUCUUCGUCCAGUAUUCCAGCUGCACGCCUCUACAGAAUCCGAUCCGUGGAAAUGCACAAAGGAGUACUAACAAUGACCCACUGAUUACAACAAGCAUCGACUGUGAUUCGGGCUACUCUAUUGUACACCCAGUCCCCAGACUCUACACAUGUCCAAGGAUUGGGAGUUACAACCCACCAAUGAUGUACAACACAUUCCGACUACCACCUUGUGGAGUAAUUGUUAACAACAAUCUGUAUCAAGUGAUAAUACAGCUUUUCUACACUAUUACUUCCACCUUCCCCUCUGGUAUUGAGACCAGCAUGAGGACCGAGAUACUUCGUGCACUAACAACACUCAAUGCUGAGUGGGGUAAUGGACUAUGUGAUAAAACCGACUGCUCUGAUGCCGUCAUCAACAUUAGGAGUGGAGUGACUUCUGGACGAAGGAAGAGGCAGUCAACACUGGACACAAACGUCAACAUCACCCUCCCAAUGGCAAAAGCCUUAUCAACCAGUGGGUCUUUAAGUCUUUCGCCUGGCGACAUACUCCGGCUGGCUGUGCUCAACCAGGAUAGGUUUGACUUCUCACGGAACAUCCCUAAUGCAAUUCCUAAGAGGGAUCUCCUUAAGAUACUACUUUCCAUCUCCUGUGAAUCGGGGCAGGCAGUUGUUAAUGGCAAAUGCGUGAAAUGUGCUCCUGGCACUUACUAUAAUGCUGCCACAAGGACAUGCAACCUUUGUCCAGUUGGUCAGUAUCAGCCCAAUGAGGGUCAGUCUGGCUGCGUGACCUGUGGAACCAAAACAACAGAACUUGCUGGGUCAGCUAAUGCAAAUGACUGCAAAGUUACUUGAGCAACUGGUUACAAGUUUGACUCUACCAGCGACAAAUGCAUGUUGUGUCCAAUUGGGUUCUAUCAAAACAUGACAGGCCAGUUCUUCUGUUACCCCUGCUCUGUGGAGAAAACAACAAGAGGAACAGGCUCCAUAGCUGAGGCUCAGUGCUAUGUUGGGUGUACAAAGGGUAAUCAGCUGGCGCCAAAUGGAACCUGCCAAGCAUGCCCCCUGGGCAAGUACCGCAGUGCAACCAUGACCCAGUGCGAAGACUGUGUUUCUGGCCUG